GAAUAAUGAACAACCAGCACGAAAGUGGACACGAUCCACUCAAAACGAAGCCAAUGGAUAAUCGCACUGUGGUCAUGGAAAGGAUGUCCGAUGUAAUCGAGAUAAAACAGGAGCCCACGAUCAAAGAGGAACCAGAAGAUCCUGCCGAAGUACCGAUGGUAUCCAUGCCAAGACCAAGUUACAGUCAAUCAGCAGUUGAAAUCCGCGUCGAUAGAGCAAACAACGAGCAGAGCAUUGAAGAUUUGUAUUCAACGCAUUUGAAACUGGAGCUCAAAGCAGAAGCAGAAGCCGAUAGCAAAGUUGAAUCGACGCAAAAAGAAAGCAAGCAAACUGGUGGCGAUGAAACAUCGAAGGGAAACACUGUGAAGAAGCACCGGGCGAAGAAAGGUAAUGCGGCGACGCCAAGUCCAUCGAUUGGGGAUUCGAAGAAAGGGAAAAUUGGAUUGAAAGGCAGAGCUAAAGCGGUGAUCAAUGCUGCCCAUAGAAAACAAUCGGCUGCGAAAAAGACAAACAAACAGCACAAGUGCCCGACGUGUUAUUAUGUUGCAUCACGGCCAUCCAAAUUGAAGACGCAUAUGUUGACGCACACUGGCGAGAAGCCGUUCCCAUGCAAAAUCUGUGACAAACGAUUUACACACUUUUCGAGCCUUCAAAGACAUUUGAAAACACACACCGUUGAAUAUCCGUCCAGCUGUUCAGUUUGUCUCAGGAGAUUCGCACAGAAUGUUGAAAGAUUGGAGCACGAAGCCACUUGCGAUGGGCGACGCUACGAAUGCCACUUGUGCAAGAAGUUCUCAACUCCAAAUACCGGUCCAUUGAAGAUCCACAUGCGUGUGCACACCGGCAUAAGACCGUUCCGAUGCAGCAUUUGCUCCAAUAGAUUCACACAAAAGACCAGUCUAAAGAGGCAUUCAAAAUUCCACAUAAAUCCUCGUCCGGUGAAAUUCCAAUGUUUGGUUUGCGCCCGUUACUUCUCUCAAGAGAUGGAAAAGCAGCAACAUGAAUCGAAGUGCCAAAGUCGACGUUACGAAUGUUACUUGUGCAAAAGCUACGCGACAUACUAUAAAUCGAGUAUGAUGUUCCACAUGCGUGUUCAUCACACCGGUGUCAAACCAUUCAAAUGUGAAGUGUGCAAAAAAUGUUUUGCACAGAAAGUGGAAUUUACUAUUUUGUGUAACUUUUGGCUUGUACUACCAAAUAGGAGUGGAUAUUCGACAGACAUGAUGAAUGACAGGUAUCCAGACAAAAUCACUCAUCAGUCAAGCGGUACAGAGGGAGUUGAUGUUGACGUAAAGCCUUUAUUUCAAAACGAAGAGAAGGUAAACGUGGAUGAUGGUCCAAUUAAAGUAAAACCAGAGCCUGAUGUCAAAGAAGAACCCGAGGCAGCAGAUUACGUUUGCUUCGUGACAAUUCCUAACCAACAUCGAAUGCCACAUGUUAAGUUGGAACCAGUUGAUGACACAAGCAAUGGCAUUCGAUGUGAUGGAUUGCUUGGUAUGGAUGAUUUCGAAUGGACUCAUAUCGAACCAGAGCCUAAAGCUGAAGAGGUGGAAAAAUGUGAUUGCAAGCCAGAAGAAAGCAAAAAAUCACAGUCAAUCGGUAAUGGUGCAAGCAAGAAGAGCAAUGGCGUGAAACGGGCAACGAAGAAAAAAUGCGAUGGUCACAAAACAUUAGCUGCGAAAUUGAAGUCAAUCGAAGCGAAAGGCAGAGCCAGAUCGGUCAUCAUUGCAUCUCACAAGAAGCGAUCAGCUGUAAAAAGGAUCAAGAAACAGCACAAAUGCCCAUCAUGUGAUUUUGUUACACCAUGGCCAACUGUUUUGAAGAGGCAUAUGUUGACGCACACUGGCGAGAAACCGUUUCCGUGCAACAUCUGUAACAAACGAUUCACACAAACAUCGAACCUUCAAAGACAUUUGAAAACACACACCGAUGAAUAUUCAUUCAGCUGUUCAGUUUGCCUCAGGAGAUUCGCACAGAAUGUUGAAAGAUUGGAGCACGAAGCCACUUGCGAUGGACGACACUACGAAUGCCACUUGUGCAAGAAGCUCUCUACUCAACACAAGGUUUAUUUGAAAAGACAUAUGCGUGUGCACACCGGCGUAAGACCUUUCCGAUGCAGCCUUUGCUCCAAGAAAUUCACACGAAACACCGGUCUAAAGAACCAUUCAAAAGUUCACACAAAUCCUCGUCCGGUGAAAUUCCAAUGUUUGGUUUGUGCCCGUUACUUCUCUCAAGAGGUGGAAAAGCAGCAGCACGAAUUGAAUUGCCAAAGUCGACGUUACGAUUGUUACUUGUGCAAAAGCUAUGUGACAUUCCAAAAGCAAAGUAUGAUGUUCCACAUGCGUGUUCAUCACACCGGUGUCAAACCAUUCCGAUGUGUAUUGUGUAAAAGAGAAUUCUUUGGGAGUUCUAAACUUAAGCGCCAUAUGAACCGAAUCCAUAAAUAG